AUGCAGAUAAUGGAGAAAGAUGGAGUGGUUAAAGCCCAAUUUGAGGAAAAUGAACUGAAGAAAUUAACGGGGGAAGUUUCACACGUGGCCCUUGAUAUUGGAGGUUCCCUCAUCAAGAUGGUUUUUUUUUGCCGAGACAAUAACUGCUCAGGUCAUGAACAUGGGAAUAAAUCUUCCAAGGAUACUAAUGGACUUACCAAUGGAUAUUCAGAAUAUCCCGUCCUUAAAGGGAAACUUCAUUUUUUGAAGUUUGAAACAAAAAGAAUUAACGAAUGUGUAGAAUUCAUGUCUUCCAAACAAUUUCAAAGUAAUGGUGGGUGUUUCUGCAAGGCUCCUGCGUGUGACAAGAACAUCAUAAAGGCCACAGGAGGAGGUGCUUUUAGAUUUGCUGAUUUGUUCAAAGAAAAGCUUGGAAUUACUUUGGACAAGGUGGACGAAAUGGAUAGUCUUGUUGCUGGAGUGAAUUUUCUUCUUAAGGGAGUCACCGGUGAAGCUUUUACGUACAUGGACGGCAAGAACGAAUAUGUGCAGAUUGACCAGAAUGAUUUGUAUCCUUAUCUUCUUGUUAAUAUUGGAUCUGGGGUUAGCAUGAUCAAGGUUGAUGGAGACGACAAAUUUGAACGAGUUAGUGGAACUAGUGUCGGAGGUGGCACCUUCUGGGGGCUGGGAAAACUUUUGACAAAAUGCAAGAGUUUUGAUGAACUGCUGGAGCUAAGCCAUUCUGGAAACAACAGAGUGAUAGAUAUGCUUGUUGGAGAUAUCUAUGGUGGAACGGACUAUUCUAAGAUAGGACUUACUUCCACCGCUAUAGCUUCUAGCUUUGGAAAGGCUGUCUCUGGAAAUAAAGAGCUUGAGGACUACCGACCUGAAGAUGUCGCACGGUCUCUCUUGAGAAUGAUUUCAAACAAUAUUGCACAAAUUGCUUACUUGAAUGCUCUUCGUUUUGGAUUAAAAAGAAUAAUUUUUGGUGGAUUUUUCAUCCGUGGUCAUGCAUAUACAAUGGACACGAUUUCUGUUGGAGUAGAUUUCUGGUCCAAAGGUGAGGCAAAGGCAUUGUUUUUGCGGCAUGAGGGUUAUCUUGGAGCUUUGGGAGCUUUUAUGAGUUAUAAAAAGGAUGGUCUUACAGACUUGAUUACCCAUCAUUCUGCUUCGGAACCUCCUAAAAACCUUUCUAACUGUUCGACAGUUCAGGAUUUAAAUGAAAAUGGAAGUAUAGAGUGCACAUUUCAACUUAGCAAUUGGCCUGUAUGA